GACGGUGAUCCGGUGAGCCCAGAGAGCCAGCGCUUUGGGAAUAGCGCCAGGAGCUCGGUGGUGACAGGGUUCGCUGCCCUUUUCCCCGACAACAAGGCCGCAGCUUCGCUGCUCCCUCCGGACGAUGACCUGAUGGAGGAGGAGAGUGGGCUGCGUGUGCGUUCGGAGCAUCAUCUCAGGGACAGCGAGGGCGAGGAUGAAGACGACCUGGCAUCCUCAGACAUCUCUACAUCCAGCGGGGUUCAUCUCCCGCAGGUCUGCAUGUGUCCGCUCUGCAGCAAGGUCUUCCCGAGCGCACAUGUGCUCCAGCUCCACCUCAGCUCGCACUUCAAGGAGAAAGACGGCAUUCGCUCAAAGCUCUCGCCUGACGGCUCCGUCCCGACCUGCUCGCAGUGCGGCAAGACCUUCUCCUGCAUGUACACGCUCAAGCGGCACGAGCGCACGCACUCCGGCGAAAAGCCGUACACCUGCGGACAGUGCGGGAAGAGCUUCCAGUACUCACACAAUCUGAGCCGGCACGCCGUGGUGCACACGCGAGAGAAACCACACGCGUGUAAGUGGUGCGAGCGGCGCUUCACACAGUCCGGAGAUCUGUACCGACACAUACGCAAGUUCCACUGCGGCCUUGUCAAGACGCACGCUAUUGGAUAAAACAGGGUGCAAUCACGUCCUUUUGUAGAAAAACGACAUCAGUUUUUAUGAAUAAUAGUAAUAAUGUAAUAAUAAUAUCCAGUAUUUUGCAGGUGGCAGAAAAUCGGUUCAUUAAUGGCUGUAAAACACAUUUGUGUCCUCAGCAAUCAACAAUUUGAUAAACUUGGGACUUAAUCAAUAAA